AUGUUAAAAGCUAGACAUAUAAUACAAAAUACUAGUUCAAGAGGGUUGGCGACUCAAGCUUUCAACUAUCAAAUACCAAAAGAAUUUGAAUCAAGAACUCCACCAUAUUCAAAAUUAAUUGAUAAAUUAUCAACAGUUAAAAAAAUUAUAAAUCAACCAUUAACAUUAGCUGAAAAAAUUCUAUAUUCUCAUUUAUGUAAUGUUGAAGAAAGUUUAACAUCUUCUAAUUUAGCAGAUAUAAGAGGUCAACAAUAUUUAAAAUUAAAUCCUGAUAGAGUUGCAAUGCAAGAUGCUUCUGCACAAAUGGCACUUUUACAAUUUAUGACUUGUGGGAUGAGUUCUACUGCGGUACCUGCUUCUAUACAUUGUGAUCAUCUUAUAGUUGGUAAAGAUGGUGCAUCUCAAGAUUUAACAAAAUCAAUAGCUACAAAUAAAGAAGUUUUUGAUUUUUUACAAAGUUGUGGUGAAAAAUAUGGUAUACAAUUUUGGGGUCCUGGAUCAGGUAUAAUUCAUCAAAUUGUAUUGGAAAAUUUCUCAGCUCCUGGAUUAAUGAUGUUGGGAACUGAUUCUCAUACUCCAAAUGCUGGUGGAUUGGGAGCCAUUGCAAUUGGUGUUGGAGGUGCUGAUGCAGUUGAUGCAUUAACUGGUACUCCAUGGGAAUUAAAAGCACCAAAAAUAAUGGGUGUUAAAUUAACUGGUAAAUUAUCUGGUUGGACUUCACCAAAAGAUGUCAUUACUAAAUUAGCAGGUAUUUUAACAGUUAGAGGUGGUACUGGUUAUAUAGUUGAAUAUUUUGGAGAAGGUGUUUCAAAUUUAUCAUGUACCGGUAUGGCAACUAUAACAAAUAUGGGUGCAGAAAUUGGUGCCACAACUUCAAUUUUCCCAUAUCAAGAAGCACAUAAAAGAUAUUUACAACAAACUAAUAGAGAACCAAUAGCAAAUGCAGCAGAUGAAGCAAAUAAACAAUUUAAAUUUUUACAAGCUGAUGAAGGUGCACAAUAUGAUAAAGUAAUAGAAAUAAAUUUAUCUGAAUUGGAACCACAUGUGAAUGGACCUUUUACACCAGAUUUAUCAACUCCAAUUUCAAAAUUUGGUGAAACUGCUGAAAAACAAGGCUGGCCUAAUACAGUUUCUGCAGGAUUAAUUGGUUCAUGUACAAAUUCAUCAUAUCAAGAUAUGUCAAGAGCAGUAUCAAUAAUAAAACAAGCUGAAAAAGCAGGUUUAAAACCCAAAAUACCAUUUUUUGUAACACCAGGAUCAGAACAAAUUAGAGCAACAAUUGAAAGAGAUGGACUAAUUGAAACUUUUGAAAAAAAUGGUGCUAUAGUAUUAGCAAAUGCUUGUGGUCCAUGUAUUGGACAAUGGGAUAGAACUGAUAUUUCAAAAGAUUCAACUGAAAAUAAUGCAAUUUUUACAAGUUUUAAUAGGAAUUUUAAAGCAAGAAAUGAUGGAAAUAGAAAUACUAUGAAUUUUUUAACUUCUCCUGAUAUGGUUACUGCAAUGAUUUAUUCAGGUGAUGUUAAUUUUAAUCCAAUAACUGAUUCAAUAACUUUACCAGGUGGUGAAAAUUUUAAAUUUAAUCCUCCUCAAGGUGAAGAUUUACCACAACAAGGGUUUUUAAAAGGUAGAAGUGAAUUUUAUCCUGAAUCAAAUCCACAACCUAAACCUGAAACUUCAGUUAAUGUAAGUCCUGAAUCAGAUAGAUUACAAUUAUUAGAACCUUUUAAACCUUGGUCUGGUGAAGAAUUAUCAACUAAUGUAUUAUUAAAAGUUGAAGGUAAAUGUACAACUGAUCAUAUAUCAGCAGCAGGUGUAUGGUUAAAAUAUAAAGGUCAUUUAGAAAAUAUUUCAUAUAAUACUUUAAUUGGAGCAGUAAAUAAAGAAACUGGAGAAGUUAAUAAAGCAUAUGAUUUAAAUGGUGAUCAAUAUGGAAUUCCUGAAUUAAUGAUGAAAUGGAAAUCUGAACAAAGACCAUGGAUAGUUGUAGCUGAACAUAAUUAUGGAGAAGGAUCAGCUAGAGAACAUGCUGCAUUAUCACCAAGAUUUUUAGGUGGAUCCAUAAUUUUAGUAAAAUCAUUUGCAAGAAUUCAUGAAACAAAUUUAAAAAAACAAGGAAUGUUACCUUUAACUUUUACAAAUGAAUCUGAUUAUGAUUUAAUAUCUUCUGGUGAUGUAAUUGAAACUAUUGAUUUAAAAGAUAUGAUUUCUAAAAAUGGUAAUAAUGGUGGGAAUUUAAAAUUGUUAAUUACUAAAAAAGAUGGGUCAAAUUUUGAAAUUGAAGCUAAACAUACUAUGUCUAAAGAUCAAGUUGAAUUUUUUAAAGCUGGAUCUGCUAUUAAUUAUAUUGGUAAUCAAAAAAGACUUGAACAAUAG